AUGGCGACAAAUUCGAUUAAGUUGCUUACGGGAAAUAGCCAUCCGCAGUUGGCGAAAUUGGUUGCUGAUAGAUUAGGCAUUGAACUUGCAAAGACAAUGAGCUUGAACUAUUCAAAUCAAGAAACCAGUGUUACAGUAGGAGAGAGUGUCAGAGAUGAAGAUGUAUUCAUCCUUCAAUCUACCGCGCCCGGCGACAUCAACGACGGACUUAUGGAACUCCUCAUCAUGAUCAAUGCAUGCAAAACUGCAUCCGCAAGACGCAUCACAGCCGUCAUCCCCAACUUCCCUUACGCACGUCAAGAUAAGAAAGAUAAAUCUCGCGCUCCUAUUUCUGCGAAACUCAUUGCGAAUAUGUUGCAAACGGCUGGUUGUAAUCAUGUCAUUACUAUGGAUUUACAUGCGAGUCAGAUUCAGGGAUUCUUCAAUGUCCCAGUCGAUAACUUGUAUGCGGAGCCAAGUACUUUGAGAUGGAUCAGAGAGAAUUUGGAGGUUAGCAAGUGUGUGGUUGUCAGUCCGGAUGCGGGAGGUGCUAAGAGAGCAACCUCCAUAGCCGACCGUCUCGAUCUCGGCUUCGCCCUCAUCCAUAAAGAGCGCGCCCGCCCCAACGAAGUAUCCCGCAUGGUCCUCGUCGGCGACGUCGUCGAUAAAAUUGCCAUCCUCGUCGACGACAUGGCCGACACUUGCGGAACCCUCGUCAAAGCCGCCGAAACCGUCAUGGAACACGGCGCCAAAGAAGUCGUCGCCAUUGUUACCCACGGUAUCUUGAGCGGUGCCGCGAUUGAAACCUUGAACAAGAGUAAAUUGAGCAGAGUGGUCGUUACAAAUACUGUACCAUUGAAAGGAAAGGAGGAACAGUGCCCCAGAUUGAGGGUUAUGGAUAUUAGUGCCACGUUGGCCGAGGCUAUUAGGAGGACGCAUAAUGGCGAGAGUGUGAGCUUCUUGUUCACGCAUGCGCCUAUGGAUUAG